UUUUGUGUGCCCUGGACCUCGCCAUAAACACAGAGACAGCACACCCACCCCAUCACUAUAGUACUCCCUCCUUGUUCCCAUUCCAGGAGAUGGACUCGCCUCCGUAUCGACAACAUCUUCCGCAGCAGGAGGCUUCCACAGAAACAACACCCGAAUUUGAAGAUAAUUGCCCGCUGUCAGUGGGCAACGGCUUCGAAUCGGCGUCGCUGGAGAAGCAAGGCAGCCACAACCAAGGUGCCACCACAACAGACACCAGCGGGCCAUCGGUAUGCUCCGACGACGACCUGGAUGAUAGCAGCAGCGUUGACUUGCUGGACGGGGGAUCAUCAUAUGUGGCCCCUCCUCCACGCACCUCGUCAACCGCAUCAUCAAUGCCCUUGGCGAUGGCUCCGACGGCGAAUAGGUCACCCACGGAUUCCCCCGCGAGGAAAAGGGCUGUGGACGGCGGUUUAUCGUUAUCAUCAGGCGAGGACGAGUUCUGCAUGACGAGCUCCAGUCGGCAGCGCGGCAACGGAAAGGGUAAAGGACGAGCGCUGAUCAGUGCAAACAGCAGCAGCAGCAGCAGCAGCAGCAGCAGCCUGUCGGCGUCAUUUCCGGCGCCAUUCUUGUCCGACAGGGCUCGUGCUAUGACCGCAACGCCACCCCGUCGGCGACCACGGCGCCUCCCGCGAGGACAAUCGGAAGAAGAAGUUUUUCUCACCAGUGGGGGGGAAGAGGCGGACAAGAUAAAUCGAAGCGGCCGUGGCGCGGGAGAGGAGGAAGAGCGAGCGGCUGCUGUCCUCGCUGGAGUUGGAGGAACAAGGCGAAGGGCGGGAAGCGAUGCAGGUCGGCGGGAGCCGAAGCGUAAGCGUGGAUUCCUGGUUUCUCUGGCAGCAGCGACGGGUGCCCGACCUCUCCCGCGGAAAAUACCACCGGCUUCCUCUUUCUCGUCCCUCGCACCAAUUGUUCUAGCCAACAGCCCUUGCUCGUCGCUAUCGCCACCACCGCCUCCCGCUCCGCGCGGCUCGACCCCGGCGCCGCCAUCAGGACUCGCUGGCGAGGACGAGUCAGCGGCGGCGGAGCCUUCCUCGUCGGGAGAUAGUCGUCGCAAUGCACCGGAGGAGUUGCCCACGCUCUCCAGCGAGGCGGCUCGGAGAAGCUCGUCGUCAACGUCGCCGGCGGCAACCCGGCCUCCCGCCUCGUCCUCCUCCGCCCCCCUGGAUGUGCUUGACCUCUCCACGAUGUCGGCAUCGCCGAUGGAGGUCAUCGACGUGCUGGACGAUUGCGGUGACGACGACAGCAACAGCAGCAGUGCCAUCGUCUCCCCCCAACGGCCACCAAUAAGUGCGGCGAAGAACGGCAGCGGCUCGACUACAGCCGCCGUCAGGCCGGGUGCGAGCAGCGGCGGCGGCGGCGGCAGAAGUUCCGAUGGGGCCGGGGGCACCCAUUCCUCCGCCGCUUGGAGCAGACGCGCGGUGAACGGGAGAAGUCCUGAGACCAAACGAUCCGUUUCAACAGGUCCCUUGGGGCUCUUUCGUCCGCGAACGAUUAACAGAAGGAAGAGCUUUUACGCCCCUGCUGGCCGCGCCGGGGGUGCUGCUGCUGCUGCAGCCGCGAUCGAAGUAGACGAGGACGGCGUGGAACAAGAAGCCGGCACGAUCGAAACCGCCCGGCAGCGCCGACGUCGCCGCCUCGCCGCCGCCGCCGCCACUACGGGCGCCGCCGGUGGGGCAUCGGCAUCGCCUGUCUCAGCGGGGGGCGCGGCAAAGCGGAACGGGAAGACCCGGCGAGGGGAACACAGCAACAGCAGCUCUCGGGAUCACGCGGUGGCGGAGAGACUGCAGCGUCAAGAGUGCAGGGAGCAGGAGCGGAAGGACGCGCAGAUGGCACGGCGGCUGCAAUCGGAGGAAGCGCGAGGCAGCGCGGCUGCCGGGGGCGGGGCCGGCGAAGCCGGGCUUGGGCUCGGGGGCAGCGGCAGCGGUGCCGGGGUGUAUGGGCCCCUUCCUGGGAGCAACGGCCGAUCGCCUGGCAGUUCGCCGGGAGCGAGUAGGCCCUCUUCCUCCACAGCCAGCAGCGGCAGCGGCGGGGGUGGUGGUGGCACCGCGGGGUCAGCACGGGGGGCCACUAGCAACGCUCGCAGCGGCGCCCGGCCCGGGGGGCGCGGCGCGAAUCGACGGGGAGGAGGUGCGGCGGCGGCGGCGGCGGCCAGGCGGCGGAGGCAACAGUCUAGAAAUAGCCAUUUGCCGUCCCUUGCAGAGAUGGGGGUGAUGAUGGACAUGGGCAGCGAAUACCUAGAGCAGAUGAUGUUAGCCUUGGGGGGUGGAGGGAUUUGGGGGGGGGGCGGAGGGUCUCAGUGGGGAGGCGGUGGGGGCGGGGCGGGGCAUCCGGCCGGAAGCUUGGCAUCGUUGCAGGGAAGGGAGCUGACCUCUGAGGAUUACCAGCAGCUUCUGGCGUUGGACGACACCGGCGGCGGUGGGGGCGCCAAGAAAGGACUUUCCCCGUCAGAGAUCGGGUUACUCCCGCAACAAACUGGCAACGGGAGCGGUCCUGUUGACCAGUGCUGCGUUUGCAUGGAGGACAUGAAGCCGAGGGAGAAGAUCACCCGCCUACCGGCCUGCCUCCACACGUUUCACAGCAAGUGCAUCUCGAAGUGGCUCAAGGAGAAGCCCUGCUGCCCUAUCGACAAGGUUGCUGUCAGCGUGAACGACUCCGGGUGAUCUUCUCGUCGACCCCGCGAGCGAGCGGACAACAGCCGGCAGCUCCCUUCGAACGGGUUGCCGUGUGGAGAACGCGCUCGCGCGCGCGCGCGUGUGUGUUAUUUGGUGGUCGUCGCUAGGGCUGUUGUAUAUUUGGCCCUUGACCCUUUGGCGUGCCCCUCCUGCUCGACCCCACCUUUGGUCGGCGUGGACUGCUUUAGAGUGCGAAGACGUAGGAAAUAAUGAAAAUCAAGGCAGUAGUCGGCUCUUGUUGUGCCCGCGGAGAUGCGACCCCUUGGACUGCAACGCAUUCACUUGAGCGGUGAUGCUGAUGGGCGCGAGACUCUUUUACCGGCGGGUCGUGGAUUUGUCGUGUCCGCUUUGUGCCCUUGGAGCACCCUACGCGGACCACGUGCGGGCUGGGGCGAGAGGGAAGAGUUGCCGGGCUGGCGGGACGGGUGUGGAGGAGAACGUGGACGUAGUGAACGAAAUAUUGUUCGGUGAGAGCUCCUGCAGGUGUUCUGCACACUCAGGAAGGCUAGCUACCUGAGGCAUCUGCAUGUCCUGGAGACACGUUGGUACGCCAGAGUUUGUUGGACGUCUAUCGCUGCUGUGAUGGUGACUUGCUGUGCCGUUCUCAAACAGACCGACUGUUAAGGCUCUUUGAUUGACUUCGGUGCCCUCGGGGGUGAAAUUGUUGGCUCCGCGGGUAUCUGAGGGUGAGCAAGGGAAGGCCGGUGAUCGUACAUCGAGCGCUCUCUCUCCCUCUCUCUUGCUCAUGCUGCCUAUGUCUGCGCAGUCUUCUCAAUAUCCUAAAUCUCUGACCCGCGGGGUUGAUGACACGUUGAGACUGCUGCUGUUUGCGUUGCAGCCUCUGCCGGCCCUCGUCGCCGCUUUGUGAGGCACGGAGGCAGGAACACGAACCCGUUGGCGUGAAUUUUCUUGUGUUUUUGGAGGAUUUUGCCUCUUUCGGUCGGUUAUUCUUAAGACGCACCGGUGCACCCCCCCGAGGACAAGAAGCAUUCGGGCACACCCCGGCAUGCAUGAUUUCGCGGGGCCUCUUCGCCUCGUGGGUGGUAUAGCAAGGAGGACGUUGGGGUGUGGCUGGUUUUGGUUCCGGAGUCCACCUUCGCUUGCGAAUCGAUGCGUCCCUUCUUGGUUUUGGGGAGGAAGGGGUGGGGGGGUGAAGGUCCCUAGGAUAAGCACGACGCACAUGAAGACAUAUUGAUCGAGGUGAGUUAUUGCAUGCAGUGUAGGUUGUUUGGCGGAUUGUGUUGUUUACACGACCUUCGGAUUUGUAGACGCGGAACGAUUGCUGGUGUUUUGAGUUCGGCAAGUUUUGGAGUGCAUCCACCUUAGCCAGGGUUGUCAAAGGGCGAUUUAGUCUCUCUCGUCGUUGUGUGCUCCAUCGGUGCGAUGAGUGACGAAUGAUCGUGCUUUGACAAAUUGCAAUUGGUCGUUCAGGGACAAUUAAUUUUGCUUCCCGGAACCCUAUUUGGAAUUUGUAUGUUUUCGGGUUCGUCGCGCGAGGAAAAGCGUGCAUGUCAUUAGAGAAGUGAUUUUUUUGCUGUUUUGGGUGAGCGGACGGCUUGGUCGUGCGGGAGAAACAGCGGUAACUGUCCUUGACAAGUAGACUUAAUUGUAUGAGGUUCAAAUAUUGUAUUUUACAGGGACCGCGCUGCUGGGGAUAUUGGAGUGCUUUCAAUACCUUUAGAGAACGUCACUUGUCUCUGAAAGUGACCGCUGAGGGCUCACCCGCCCGUCUUGUGUACAACGCCGCAGUUUUGUUGGCGAAAGCAGGACAGAUUUUUGGUCUCGAGCGUGAGCGUGACACUCCCGGUGAAAACUGGUGGCUCGACUUGUCACCCCCCCAACGGUCGUCGUCACGAGUAGA